AUGCCCAAGAACGCGUUGGUCGUCAUGCGCUAUGGUCCGUACAGCGCAAUUGGCCUGUCGGUGGAGUACCGCACCUUCCGCAUAGAGGGCAUGCAAGCUGUGUUGGCUGAGGAUGGACACAAGGUCAUCCUAGAGAAGAUAGAAGACUGGAAUGUGGUAGAACUUGUAGUGAAUGGAGUUGUCUUCCAGUGCAACAUCAAAGACUUGGAGUUUGGAGGUGAUGGUAAAUUAGACCCACUGUGCAAAGAGGCCAGGAUAGCUGUGCUAAAUGCCUACUGA